UUAUGAAAAUAAUUUUGGCAGAGUUCCCAUAUAGCCUGAACCCAGUUUCCCUUAUUAUGAAUAUCUUAUAUUAGUAUGGUACAUUUGUUACAAUUUAUGAAUUACUAGUGAUACAUUAUUAUUAACUGAAGUCCAUACUUUAUUGGGAUUUCCUUAGUGUUCAGAUAAUCUCCUUUUUCCUGUUCCAGGAUCCUAUCUAGGAUACCAUUUUACAUUUAGUCCUCAUGUCUCCAGGCUCCUCUGGGCUCUGACAGUUUCUCAGAUUUUCCUUGGUUUUGAUGAAUUUCCUUGACUGUUUUGAGUACUGCUCAGGUAUUUAGUAGAAUGUCCCUCUAUUGGGACUUGUCAGGUGUUUUUCUCAUGAUUAGACUGGGGUUAUGGGUUUUAGGAGGAAGACCACAGGUAAAGUGCCACUUUCACCACAUCGUAUCAAAGACACAUACUGUCCACAUGACUAAUCACGGCUGAUGUUGAUCUUGAUCACUUGGCUGAGGUAUGUUGUCAGGUGUCUCCGCUGUAAGGUUACUCUUCUUCCCCCUUUGCAAACUGUCCCCUUGGGAAGGAAGUUACCCUCUACAGCCCGCAUCUAUAGAGUGGGAAUUUUGCUCCAUCUCCUGGAGGGCAGUGUGUCUACAUAAAUUAUUUGGAAUUCUUCUGCAUGGGAGAUUUCUCUUCUCCCCAUUUAUUUAUUAAUGCAAUCAUUUAUUUGUAUCAGAAUGGGCUCAUGGAUAUUUAUCUUGUACUUUGGGUUAUAAUUCAAAACUCAUUUUGUUGCUCAAAUUGUUCCAGCUUUGGCCACCGAGAGCUCCCGGAUCCUUUUGACGUACUCCUUUCAUUGCGGUUUUUGAGCAACUUGAUAAGUCUUGACGUAUAUAAAUAAAUGCCUUUGAAACUAUCAACGCAAACCUCCUCGCGAGCAGAACUCUGUCCAGGUGCUGCCCACAACCUGUAUCGCCUCCAGAUCCCCGCCCACUCUUCGAGCCCCGCCCCUCUCCAGGCUGCUGGGCGGGGCCAUCCCCGGGCUGCCCGGCGAGAAGCCUAGAUGGUGGAGGCUGGGGCCUCAGCUCCGACUAGUGAGCCCAGCAGAGGGCCGGGGGCAGCGUGGGUCCCCCAUUUUGUUCCAUCAAGCUGGGUUCAGUCUCUUUCAGCUGUGUACAUGAGGUAGAAAUUACUAACCGCUUAUUACGGACGACGUUGAGACUUAAAAGCCACACACGGAGCUGCGUGGCCCAGCCGGAGCUAGUGCCCAGGCAUUCUUUGCACUCGGCCCGGGUCACCACCGAGAUCUGUUACGUCUACAUGUUCAGAAGCAGCGGCAUUUAACGACUCCCGGACAUCCCCGGUGCGGCGAUGUCGGGUGUAUGAAAGCUGGGCGCCGGGUACGCACGCCCCAAGCCGCGAGGGCAGUAGCCCCCUGCCCGCGCGGCGUCUCUGUCACCACUGGCAACCCGCGGAGCGCGAGAGACGCUGCCCUUUAAGGGAAGCCUAAAUCCGGCCUUCUUCGUUUCGCGCGCCCGCCCGCGGCGCCGGUACAGCGAACAUGGCCCAGGCUGCACGCGCGUUGUGGCCAGGCGGGCGCGCUCUGGCCUGGAGGCUGGGUGGUCGCCUUGCGCCCGGACUCCCAGCACAGAGCCGAACCGGCUUCGCGGGGGCGGCAGGAGGCCCGGGCCCCGCUGCCACCGCCCGCAAGGGAAGCCCACGGCUCCUGGGGGCUGCGGCGCUGGCCCUGGGGGGCGCCAUGGGGCUGUACUACACCGCGCGGUGGCACCUGCAUGCGCAGAAUCUCCGCGCGAAGCGCUCAGCCACGCAGCUCUCCCUGUCCGGCCGCCUGCAGCUGACCCUGUACCAGUACAAAACAUGUCCCUUCUGCAGCAAGGUCCGUGCCUUCCUGGACUUCCAUGCCCUGCCCUACCAGGUGGUGGAGGUGAACCCCGUGCUUAGGGCCGAGAUCAAGUUCUCCUCCUACAGGAAGGUGCCCAUCCUGCUGGCCCAGGAAGGAGACAGCUUGCAACAACUGAACGACUCCUCUGUCAUCAUCAGCGCCCUUAAGACCUACCUGGUAUCGGGGCAGCCCCUGGAAGACAUCAUCACCUACUAUCCGCCCAUGAAGGCCAUGAAUGACCAGGGCAAGGAGGUGACCGAAUUCUGCAACAAGUACUGGCUCAUGCUAGACGAGAAGGAGGCCCAGCGGAUGUAUGGUGGGAAGGAGGCCAGGACGGAGGAAAUGAAGUGGCGGCAGUGGGCAGACGACUGGCUGGUGCACCUCAUCUCCCCCAACGUGUACCGCACGCCUGCCGAGGCCCUGGCCUCCUUUGACUACAUUGUCAGGGAGGGCAAGUUCGGGGCCGUGGAGGGGGCCAUGGCCAAGUACCUGGGCGCAGCUGCCAUGUACCUCAUCAGCAAGCGGCUCAAGAGCAGGCACCACCUCCAGGAUGACGUGCGUGAGGACCUCUAUGAGGCUGCCGAUAAGUGGGUGGCAGCGGUGGGCAAAAACCGGCCCUUCAUGGGGGGCCAGGAGCCGAACCUUGCUGACCUGGCGGUGUACGGCGUGCUGCGUGUGAUGGAGGGCCUGGAGGCCUUUGAUGACCUGAUGCAACACACUCGCAUCCAGCCCUGGUACCUGCGGGUAGAGAAGGCCAUCGCUGAGGCCCCGCAGUGAGCUGAGCCUCCCUGCUGGGAGGAACUGGGACACGGCAGAAGACACUGGCUGCCAGGGACAAGGGUCGCUGAGCCAGCAUGCGGCAAUGCUGUCCGGGGAGGGGGCGGGAGCGUUCGCUUCUGCCCACCCCCAUCCCCCCAGCAUUCUCUGUUUCUAACACUGGACGCCUGCUGGAGCCCUGGGACGCGAGGGGAUGAGGCCCAGGCUCCGUUUCCUAUCACAGUCCCCUGUGGGGCCCGGAGGGGCUGCCUACCCCCACCCUGGGCCUCCUGCUGUCACCUGUUCUCUGGGGCUCUCAGUGGCUGCCCCCUCUCCACCCUAUAGGUGGGAAUUGGGUUGGGCUCCUGCUUUGGACAAAGGAAGUAGGGACACUCCAUUUAGGGAGAGCCCCAGCCUUGGUUCCCCUGGUUUCUGCUUUUCCCAAGCACCCCCAGGACUCUGUGUCUUAUUUGAAAUAAAAAGAUUGCUGCUCCCCUCC